CGAAUUUUUUAUUUCUUAUGUUUGUAAAUAACAUUACACUCAAAGAAUAAUAAUAUUAGAUCUUUUUAAGUUUCAAUUUGAAUUGAAACAAAAAUUAAUAUAAAUUAUUAAUAUUUAUAAUAUUAAUGAAUUAUGUCGUCCGAAAUUCGAAGAAGUUCCUUGGAUAAUCCAGGUCACGAAGUCACAAGUGAUGAUGAAAAUGUGAUUCAUUCCGAACAAUCUAUCAUUGAAUCUUUGCCUGGACCUUCUUCCAUUCAAGGGAUCGGAAACGAUGAGGAUGAUUCAACAGAAACAAGCCAAAAUCAGGAUUCCCAACAACCACAAUCUGAAUCAUCUAAUACAGAAAAUAUAUUUUUUAAAGGAUUGAAAACGAUUUUUGGCAAAGAAACUGAGGAUGGUUCAAAUACGCAAGUCACUUUUCAUGUUCAUUUACCUUCAUUCGAUUAUAUUGAUGGCUAUCCGAUUAUUGUUGGUAAUAUCGAGGAGUUAGGCAACUGGGAAGAACCAAUUGUUAAAUUAAAACAACCGAGUAGUAGUGAAUACAUGUUUCAAUCAAGUUAUUGGUAUUCAGAUCCGAUUUCUAUACCGGCUAAUAAAUUUGAUAAAGUCAAGUAUAGGUAUGCAUUCUUUCAAAGGAAGAAGAAUAAAGAUGCAAAAAGUACAGAAGAAGGAGAUCUUUAUUUUGAAGAUGGGCAGCAACAACGACUUUUAACUACUAGAACUGGAUCUCAAUUUGACAUUGCAGCAAGGUUUAGAAUUAAAAACCGACAAUGUGAACUUCGAUCAAUUAGAGAAUUCAUGUUUCUUGAUAUCAUAUAUGAUAAUAUAACGUCAAAUAAUCUUGGGGAAAAAAUUACAGAAUACCAAGAACUUCUAAAUCGUUUUGGUGAAGUGACUUUAAGAGCAACAAAUUUUGAAUUUAUCGGAUAUAAUCUUCAAAGAUCAAGAGCAAGAGAUUUUGAGAAACGUAUUUUCUUGUGCAUUGUUUUAGGAUAUUAUAUUGAUUGGAGACAGCAAAAAUCUCUUGGUCGGCUUGUCUUACCAAACGGAUUCCCAAUAUCUCAAAUUAUCGAUACUUUAGAAAAAGUUCAACCCGAUAUCUUGCCCGAAGAAUGCCAAGCCGCACUAAACAUUACGAUGACAGCUGUAAUUUAUUUAAAUAUGGCCAAUAGAGCCUUUGAUUGGUUGAGGCUAUUCGAGGUUGCAAGUGUUAUCGAUUCAAAUUUCACUUUCAUCGAGGCGAUUCAAGAUCUUCAAUAUAAUAAUGAGCGCAUGAAUAAAUUCUUAAAUGAAUUUAUGAAAUCCGCCAAAUCUAUUGUAGAUCAAAUUAAGGAUGUAGAAAUUUAUUCUAAUAUCGGAAUGUGGUUAUUUUAUAAUUGCAGAUCUCUCGAUGCACUUCUUUUUGUUUGGAUCAGAGUGAUCGAUCACACAAAAAGCCGUGAUAACCAACUUAUUAAACACUUCCUUCAUCGUGUUGAACAACUUAUUUCUUCAUCUCAUGCAACAGGUUUGACAAGGCAAUUUUCACAAAUUCCUACUGAACUUCAUGCAGAAGUUGCUGGAAUAUUUAGAAUGCAAGCUCUAACAUUACUUAAACACCGUGGUAUUGAGUGGAACAGAAGUAAUUCAGAAGAAAUUCUUAACAUACUUAAUAAUUCUCAACUUAAAUGGUCUGAAGAUAACUUCCUAGAAGCAAUGUAUCAUGUUUCUGAAUCGUCAAAGCCAAACUUACUUUUAAUUUUUCCAAACCUAUUGGAAUAUUGGUUUAAAAAUUUCAAACCAUAUUUCAAUCCUGAAAUUUGUAAAAAUUGGUAUCAUCAUUUAAUUGAUAUCAAUGGGUCCGAAUCAUCUAUUGCUAAUGAUCCAGAUUUCAUCCUUGAAAUUUAUGAGAAUUUAUCAUAUAUCUUUCCAAUAGUAGGAAAUCACGGUGAAAUUCUUGAAGAAUUGUUAGAUGUUGCAGCUAAUCGUGUCAAAAAUUGUGCUAUGUCAAAUAUUUUGACUGUUACGCCAAAAAUUGCAAAGUUACGGAAAGAAAUCUAUAAUUCAUAUGGAGAAAUGGUAAAGGCAAUGUUGAAGAAAUCUAUAAGUAAAGUUGAUAAUGGCGUGAUAAAAAUUUUAUUACAAGUUUGUGAUUGUAAAAGUGAAGUUUUGCAUGUACAAAAUGAAUUAAGCGAAAAUAUCGUAUAUCAUGUGAUGACGUAUUUAGAAGCUAAAGAUACAAGUAUCAAGAGUAGUACAAAUUUAUCAACCGCGAUUUUAAAUUUGCUCAAAACUUAUCGAUUUUGGAGUUUAAUAUUCAACGCAACUGGCCGUGUUGAAAAUUUGCAUUCACAUCCUUACAUUAAGCAAGUUCAGGGAUUAGUCUCUAAAUUUGCCGAUGACGUUAUUGAAAAGACCAUAACAAUUCGUUCACUGCAAGAAAUUUUUGAAUAUGAUGAUAUUUUACUUAACCUUUUUAAUUUUUCGGAUAAGAAAGAGAAAAUCACUAUGGAUGUGACGAAAAAACUUCGAACAAAUUGCCGAUCAUAUAUGAUGAGAAUGGAUCAAUUAAGAACAUUUUAUGAUAAUUUUUGUCCAAUUGAAAAAGUAAAGGAUGUUCAAAAAUUUCUUGAUGAUAUCAAUAACCGGAAUAGUAAUACAGAGAAUCUCACGCUUAAAGAUGCUAUGGCUUCAAAUCAUUGGGAUUUUCAUAAGAAAAAUGUACAUUGUGCUAUACGCGUACAUAGAAUAGCAAAGUCACACACAUUCCGUAAUAUUUUCGAAGAUAUUAUGAAAGUAGAAGAAGUUGAUUUAACUGUUGAAAAUAUAGCUCAAACUAUAAUGCCAUCUGUAUUUGAAAAAUACGAUCAACUAUGUCAACAGUAUAAAGAAUGGGAAAAACUCAAAUGUUCAAAGGGAAGUGUCCUUUGGAAAAAUGUGACAGAUAUUGAAAAGGAAUUAGAGAUGAUGAAAGAAAAUAUGCAAUUGGGAAAUAGUGAAAAAUUAAUUCAGACACUUGCGCAUCUUUCAUUAGUUCCAACUCAGGUUGAAAGACUUCAACAAUUAUCUACAGUUGCAGUUAUGUUUAAAGUAGCUCAUACUAAAGACGAUUGGCUUGAAAGAUUACUAGUGAUUCUUCGUGACGAUUAUCUUUGGUUAGGGAAAUUAAUAGAUUUCUUUGACAUAUUUAAUCAUUACCUCGGAUUAAUUGAUGAAGAUUGCUGGGAUUUGAUUAAAGAACUAUCACAAGCUGGUGACUUUAUUGUUUUCCUUCAUAAAAUUGCUGAGCAUGAUAUUAAAAAUUUAAUUAACGGAGUAGAUGAAUCUUCUGAUGAACGUCUCAUACAGGAAGAUACAGUUUCUUCUCUCAUCCAAGUCAAACAAUUCUUGCUUCCCUUAUUGAAAACUGCAGAAAAAUCAUCACUUGAAGAGUUUUUGGAUGAAAUUAGAGCUAUAACUCAACAGAAUGCAAAGUUAGGAAACAAAGUAGCACUUUGCAAUAACAAUAAUAUGGCAUUACAAAAUCUAUAUAAUAGCAUUUCAAAUAAAGGAGAAGUUACAAGAGAAAAGAUCAGUAGUGCAGUUAAGAGAGGAACUUACACUUUUGAACGUGAUAAUAAGGGAGAUGCAUGCAAAGUUACCUUAUCUUAUCCUACAGUUAAGGGAACGAAACAACCGUCUUAUACCCUAACUGACUUACAUGACUUACGUGGACGUGCACUCUUGAUAUCAAAACCUUCAGCAUCUGUUGAUAUUGUAACUAAUCAAACCCCUGGCGUGGAAACAGAAGAAGUUUCCAAACCUAUUAUGGACGAAUUUGUUAAGCAAGUAGACAUGGCACAAGAAAUUAUAAAUCUUUCUACAAAGCUCAUUCAAACAGGUCAUUUUAGUUAUCGUACAUUUAAGCGAGAAAUUAAGGGUACAGAGAAUAUGAUACAAGCAGUUACUGAAUUAAAGGCGCACUUAAAAGAAUGGGAAGAAAUUGUGAAUAAAGCACAAGAGGAAUAUUAUUAUUUAACCUUCUUCCCAGCCCGACAUAUUUUGACAUUCCUCGACUAUUUCAGUGUUAGUGACAAAGCAAAUGAAAAUGCUGAAAAACAUGAUAAUAAAGAACAUGAAAUUACGGAAAAAUGCGAGGAUAUGAAAGAUACCGAAGAACAUGAAGAAUGUGAAGACAUCGAAAAACGUGAAGAUACAGAACGUGAAGAUAUCGAAAAACGCGAAGAUACAGAACAACGUGAAGAUACAGAAAAACGCGAAGGUACAGAAGAACAAGAAAAUGAAAAUAUUGAAGGUACAGAAAUUACCAAAGAACGUGAAACUUCUGAAGAAAAUGAAACUACCAAAAGGCGUGAAAUUGUCAAGGAACUUGAAAUUGUCGAAGAACAUGAAAUUAUUGAGGAAUGGGACAACAUUGAGGAACAUAAAGAUACCGAAGAAUGUGAAAAACUCAUCCGAUUUGUAAACAGCAAAGCUAAAUUGCCUCCAAAAGACCAAAUAACCAUUAACUUAGGAAAUAAUUAUUAUCAAAUUCUCGGAGAAAUUGGGACAAUAUUACAGGGAAUAUUUGGGACAAUUCCAAAGGAAGAACGUAAAGUUGAGAGUGUUAAAGAGCGUGUAAUUACAGACGUUGUUUAUCCUGGGAAAUUAUUUGUUGCCGCAUGUGAUGAUAAAUUCCUUGUUCCAAAUAUUAUAAUGUCAUUAUAUGUUAAUCAUGGAUAUUACCCUUUACCAUGGCAGUUAUUAAUAUGUACAACUUCUACAACUAUGGAAGAGCUUGCAAUCUUUGUUAAGAGAUGUUUCUUUGCAAAUAACAAUGGAUAUGGAGGAACUCUUUUUUGUCUCGCUAAUUUGGAAUUAUUAGAUUUUGAGUUACAAUAUAAUUUAGUGAACCUCAUUAGAUCAAUGCGCGAAAAACAUAAUAAUUUUCAACUAGCAUUAAUUUGUUAUCGCGAACAAGGAUUACAUCAUCAUAUUUUGGACCAAUUUUCACAAGAUGUUCAUGCGACAAAUGGUUUAAACGGAGAUGCAAUGAAAGUUCUUUAUCAUGAAUUGUAUCCAAAUACUAUGACUGUUUCUUCUGAAUUAUCUGGUCAGGGUAAAAGUGAAUGGAUUAGACAGUCUAGUUAUUCAAAAAAACUAAUACCAAAAAGUUUUCUUAUUAGCGAUGAAGCUGAUUUCAAAACACUUGUACAUAGAUUUAAAGAAUUUAAGAUACGACCAUUUGAAAGCGUUCAUUUAAAUAUUGUAUCAGCUGAUAAUCCUAUAGAUGUUAACAUGUUCUUAUUCGAACUUUUAACUUUAGGAAUCGUAUUUUGUAACAUGGAUGUUGCAUUUCUUCCAGACACGCUCGUAUAUAUUGAAAUAGCUUCUACUAUGGAACAACAUCUGUUUAAAUCUUUACCAAUUGCAGGAUAUCUUCAACGAACACAUUUAACUUGGGAUGUAGAAAAUUUAGUAGUUUCUCAAGACAUUGACAGUCCAAUUCAAGUAAUUUGUCAUUAUUUAAAAGAACUUGGUAAUGAAGAGGCAAUAAAUGAAAAAGAUAUUGAUUUCACAGAUUUAGAGCCAUUACCUGCUGCUGAAUGUAGAGGAUUGAUUAAAGAUUAUCUAUUUAAACGAAAUACAAAUGAUUCAAUAGAUGCAAGAGAUAUCUCAUCAUAUAGGUUCAUUGAAAUUUUUGUUAAUGUAUUUGCUGAUCAAUUAGUUAGAUUAUCAUUAAGUUCAUUUUUCCAAGUUGAAAAUUUAAAACUUAUGGUAGAAGAGAAUAAUAUACGCAGUACACUUGUUGAAACUUUGCUAAAUGUAUCGAAAGAUUUUGCCACAAAGUCUAUUGCGACCAAAGCAGCACAAAAAGAAAAUAUUUCAACCACCGAAGAUGAAACUGCAAUACUCGGAACCAUAGUACAAUGGGAUGACUCAAAUCAUUUGUUAGUGUUUUUCUUAUCUCAAACACCGGAUUCAAUCUGCGCUUUAUAUAGAGACAAAGAGAAAGUGCCACAAAACGUAAAAAUUUUAUUGAAAAGUCAACAUAUCGGAGAUAAGAGCCUCUGGGAUUUGGAUGAUUAUCAUACGAUGGACACUAGUAUUUUAUUGUCUACUUUGGAAAAUUUAGCAAGAAAGACCAUGUACAAACUUGAAUAUCCUCAAUAUGCUCUUUCUGCCGACAACUUAAUUAAAAUGGCUCUUAUCCUUUUAAGAGCUCGUGCUAAUAUUCCCGUAAUCGUAUGUGGAGAAGCCGGAUGCGGAAAGACUAGUUUAAUAGGAUUUUUAGCUAAAGUUGUUGAAGUAGAAUUUCACGCAUUGAAUCUUCAUGCUGGUGUUACAGAAGAUGCUAUUUUAUAUUUUAUGAGAGAAUCUCAAGAAAAAGCGAAAAAAGGAGAAGUUUGGUUAUUCUUUGAUGAAAUUAACACCUGUAAUCACAUUGGAUUACUUGCUGAUUUGAUCGCUCAUAGAAUUUUAAAUGGAAAACCAAUCCAUAAUAAUAUACGACUUUUUGCGGCAUGUAACCCAUAUCGUAUACGUACAAAAGCAGCGACAUCAGCAGGUUUAUUAAAACCAAAAGACUCACGUUUUGAAGAAAAAAGUAAACUUGUUUAUCAAGUUAAGCCGUUACCUGAUCAAAUAUUGGAUUAUGUUUGGGAUUAUGGUGUUCUUAAACCAAAAGAGGAAGAGAAAUAUAUCGAAAUUAUGGUAUCGGAACAACUUAAAGAACUUGGACAUAAAGUAUUAUCAGAAUGCUUAUUUGCGUCCCAAGAAUUUAUAAGAACAAUUGAAUCAUCUUACAGCGUUAGUUUACGUGACGUUAAACGUGCUAUUACACUUGUUAAAUUCUUCAUUAAAAGUUUUGAAGAUCGACCUCCAAUUAAAAGAUUCGGAAAAGUUAAAAAAUACCCCGAACCCAGUGAUAUUACGAUUAAUGUACGUUGUUAUGUUAUUGCAUUAGGAUUAUCUUAUCAAUCAAGAAUAUAUGAACAAAAUUUAAGGAAAGAAUAUAGAAAAAGGAUGGGAGAAAUUUUUAGAAAGCACAAAUUUAUUAUCGAUGAGGAAAGAUUUAGUAAUAUCGUAAGAGAAGAACAAGAAGAUUAUAUUAACAGGAUGCAAUGUCCACCUAAUACGGCAAAAAACGAAGCUUUAUUGGAGAAUGUUCUAGUUAUGAUUGUAUGUAUUUUAACCAAAAUACCUUGUUUCAUAAUCGGGGCUCCAGGAUCCUCAAAAUCUUUAGCGGUGAGACUUAUAAGCCAAAAUCUUCGAGGAUCAGAUUCAAAUGAUGAAUACUUUAGAAGAUUACCUCAAGUAUAUUUAAUUCCACAUCAAGGUUCAUCAUCUUCAACUUCUGAAGGUAUAAACAAAGUAUUUCAAAAAGCAGUUGCGUAUCAAGAAACAAGUUCAGAAGAAUUUCCUGUUCUCAGCGUUGUAUUACUUGAUGAAGUGGGAUUGGCUGAAACGAGUCCAUUUAAUCCGUUAAAAGUUUUACAUUCGUUACUUGAACCAAGCUAUCCUGCAGUUGGACCAACUGUCUCUUGCAUAGCUAUUUCAAAUUGGCGAUUGGAUAAUAGUAAAAGUAGCAGAGCAUUAUUAGUUCAAAGACCAAAGUUUGAAUUAGAGGAUUUAACGGAUACAGCAUCAAGAUUGCUCAUAAAAAGUGAGAAUUCUCAAAUAUCAAUUGCAUCAUUAAAUUUACUAGCACAAUCAUAUUUAAAUUACGAACAAAAUGGACAAGAUAAAUUGCCAAAUUUCCAUGGACUAAGAGAUUAUUAUUCUUUAGUAAAAAGUUUAUCACAAUAUAGUAGUUUGACACCAGAAAAUAUACAAAUGGCAUUAAUAAGAAACUUUGGUGGUGUAGACAAUAUAAGACAAUUAAUAGAGAAAUAUUUUGGACAAGUAAUAAGAUAUUUCAAUUCAUCAAAAGAAUUUAAUUAUAAACAUAUACCAAUUGGAGAUUUAAUUAAUGCAAAUUUAGAAGAUAAAGAUGCGAGACAUUUAAUGAUCAUAGGUAAAAGUGAUAGUAUUGUAAAUUUAUUAAAUUAUCAAUUGAGGAAGAAAGGUUUAGAUCCCGUUAUAAUACUUGGAUCACAAUUUCCUGAAGAUCAAGAUGACUAUUCUUACAGUGUUUUAAGUAGAAUCAUGAUGUGUGUUGAAACUGGCAGACCAUUAAUUUUGACAGAUUUAGAAAUUAUUUACGGAAGUUUAUAUGAUUUAUGGAAUCAAAAUUACAUUGUCGUUGGUAGUGAAGAUGAUCCAAAAUUUUAUGCCAGAGUAGCACUUGGAGCAUACGCAAAUCCAAUGUUAUACGUAGCUCCGACAUUUAGAUGUAUUUUAGUAAUGGAUGAAAGUAAAUUAGAAAAAGCUGAUCCGCCAUUGCUUAAUAGAUUUGAAAAACAAAAAAUGACCAUGAACGAUACAUUAACUCAACAAGAGCAUGAAUUAGUAGAUACUCUUAAAGAAUGGACGAAAUUAAUUUCUACUAUAACGGAUAAAAAGAAUAUGUUAAAUAUAGAACUAAAAGGUUUCACAGAAAAGGAUCUGUUUAUUGGAUUUGAUGAAAGCGAGACUUUACAAAGUUUAGUUAUUGACGUUAAAAAGAGUUUCCCUGAAGCAGAAGAAGAUGAAAUAUUAUUUAAAUGCAAAGAGAAAUUAGUCAAAAUCGCGUCAUCCGAUGGUAUGAUUAGAGCCGAAAGAUCGAAUUUAAAUUUAGAAGAAGUUAAGCAAUGGAAAAAUAUUUAUUUUAAUGAACAACAUCAUGAUAAUUUAACUGAUCAUAUUCAGUAUUGUCUUUCCGAUAAUGAAAAUUACAAUGAAGGGUUUGAAGGAUUACAGAUCAUUAUCAAUACAUUCUCGAAUAUUAAUACAGAUAUUAAAUCACGUUUACAAUAUAUUACUAGCUGCCAAAUAGAUAAAUUAUCAACAUUCAAGACUGAAUCUCAAUUUCAAAACAGAAUUAAAUAUUUUUGGAAUGAGUCUCAAGAUAAAAUGCUAAUAUUACAAUGUGAUGUUACAACAAUUAAUGCGGGAUGUAUUAAAUUAGCGAAAUUUUUGAUUGAACAAUAUCGUAACGAAUAUUUACAGAAAAUGAGAUUACAAUCACAAUUACAGCAGGAUACAGAACAAUCAAUAUCUUGGAGUCUAAAAAAUUCACAGUCAAAACAGCCGCAAAAAGAUUUGCCUAUUAAACACGUAUGCAUUAUUUUACAUAUUCAUAGGGAACAAGAAAAUUCCUUAGCAUCAUUUAAUUUCAUGUGUGGAUGGGAUCAGGUUACGAUAGAAACUUUACUACCUCAAGAAAAGGAUUUGUCACUACUUUUGAAUGAUAACUUAUCAGAUUUAAUAUCAACGGUAUACCCAUUCGAAGAAAUCUUAAAACAAGAGUUAUUAUGGUGUUUAUUAUGUCUAAAGUUUCCUUCCAAUUUCAAAUCAGUAGAGCAUAUUAAGAUGCUUAACGAGAAAAUUUACAAAACUCCUGUCUUGGUCAACUUAUUGAAGACUAGAACAGUAAAUUGGCUAAAGGAACAUUCCAAUAACACCAAUUGGCAAUAUGAAGUGUCAUCCAAUAAGAAAUUAUUAUAUCCUUAUUCUUCUUUUGCGAACGCACUUCUGGCUCACAUCAGAAGAGUCAUUCGUAAACCCAUUGCGAAACUAUUAUACGCUCUUGAAAAAUAUGCGGCAAUUUAUACUAUUAUUUUCUUGUGCGAAAAAAGUAUUACCAACAAAGUUCCUGUCAAAUUUGCGAUGGAAAGUGUGGAGAGUAGUGACACAAUUAAAGAAAUUUCGGAUGAUAAUAUAAUGAGUGAUGAUGCUUGUUUAUUGGAAUUUUGGAACAAGAUGGUCGAUGAUGACAAUGUAAUUUCAAUAGAAGGAUUAAACGUUGAUCCAUCACCAGAUAGUUAUGUAAUGCCACAUGGAGUAUAUGAAUUAGAAUUUCCGUUUUCAUAUUAUAUAAUGAAAAAAAUUGAUGAUUCUAGAAGAGUAUACGAAGAAGAAUUGCUAUCGUUAUAUAAUAAUCAAGAAAAUAUUGAUAAAACGACGGGAGAAUUACAUACUCAUGUAGUAGAAGGGUAUAAUAAGAAAUUUAUUAAUAAUAUUGAAAAAAGUCCUAUAAUUAAAAACUCGCCUAUUGCUAAUUAUCCCGAAAAAUAUUUUAAGGAUUUUAUUAAUGUUAUAUUAUCUGACAAAGUUAGUAGUGGAGAAAAAGAUGGAAAUUUGGAUGAGAAAUUAUUGAAAUUCAUUUUUGAAAGAAGAUUGGGAGCUGAUAAUGUUUUGAAUCCUAUUAGAUUGCAUUCAUAUUGGUGGAAAAAUUCUUCAUCUAUUCUUGCUGAAUUAUCUUUAGCUCAAAUGAGCCCUAAUGUUAUCACACAAAUUGAAACUGAAAAAGAAAAUGAAGAAAAUAAGAUAUUGUUGGAUGUUGAAUUUGAAAUAUAUCUUGUUGAGCAAGUAAUCAGAAAUCUCUUAAGUAGAAUUAUUGACGCAAAAGAAGGUGAACAUGAAGGACUAAGAAAUUUAAGAAUAAUUGAAAGAUGGCAAUAUGAGGUGACAAAAGUAUUAUCAUUAUGUGAAAAGAUCAAUGUAUCCUUUAAAUUAUAUUCAUUACAAUUGCUUAGAAUUUGUAAUGAUUUAUUAGUUACAAAAUCAAUUCCAUUGGGUGAUAUGAAACGAAUAAUUGAAUAUGCUCAACAGCAAAAUGCGAACUCUUCUUCCGAUGGAGCACAAAAUGAAAUCAUUACAGAAGGGUUUAUUAAUAUUGUUAUGAAGAUUUUAACUAACCUUGAACUCAGCGAAAAUAAUUUAAUUCCAAGACGUUUAUUUAUCUUGAGAUGUCUUGAUAUGCUUACAUUAGAAUCGCCCGUUAGGCUCUAUCUUUAUAGAGAGACAUUUUCUUCAUCACCAUUUCCAAUUAUGGGAGCAAUUAUAUCACGUAUCUUUGGGACUGAAGAAAAAGAAUGUCCAAAUUCUAUAUUGCAUCUUAUUCAACAACCAAAACAGAUCUUACAACAUUCAGAAAGACUUGCUACUAUCAACGAAUGUUUUAAUAUUAAUAACUUGAAUGUUUUGAUGGCUGCAUUAAUAUGUGAUACUUUUCAACAAGAAUUUUUUUCAAAAUUGGAUUUGGUCGCCUUAGUUGAUGGAUUUAAUUCAGCAAUUAAUGCAUUAUAUGGAAAUGAUAUUCAACCAUUACAACGUAUUGCUUCGAUCGCAUUCCUUAAAGAAUUUACCAAUCAAUUCUGGAAAUACAUAAUCAAGUGCAAUGAAGAUUAUCUUCAACCUAUUACACAUAAUUUAUUGGAAGCGGAAAGUUUUGAUGGUACAUUAUUAAUGGAACAAUUUAAUAAUACGAUGUCAAUACCUCAUCCACUAAUUACUUCAUUUGGUCUAUAUCUCUUGAGAGAAUUGCGUAUUAAUAGAGAAUUUUCAGGUGAUGAAAUCAAGAAAUUCUGUGAAGCUCAAUCAAAGAAUCUGAAUUGGUUUGAUAAUUUUAAUAUAGAUGAUAAAAAUGAAAGUAGAUUACCUUUUAAUCCUUAUUGGGCUGUUCCAAGUUAUGGAAAAUUAGAAAUUGCGUUCACAUUAUUAUACAAUGAUGAUAAUCGACCACAAUUCAACUCCAUCUUUCAACAAUAUAAUGACAAAGCGCCGGAUUUAUCAGACAAAUUAGGACUAUUUGGUAUUGUAGUAGCUAAAUUACAUUCUAUUAGAGCUUCAAGAGAAUGGAAACAUAAUGAAAAUCAAAUUUCUCAAUACUUUGGACAAAAAAUUACUAAUUUAACUACGAUUCCCGAAGAUUUUAAAGGGAUACUAUUUAAUGUUUUGGCAAACACUCAUCCAUUAUUAAAAAUUAAUGAAGUAAUAACAAACAGUGAAUUGUUAAUUAAAUCAGUUAUUGCUCAUAUAAUUGGCUUACAUGUAUUACUUGAUCCAAAUACCACUCCAUUAUCACUUUAUAUGCAUAAAAUAAUAGAUGCUCAAAAAACUUUUAUUUUAGCGUGUCAAUCAGAUAUGGAGAAUUUAUUAUUUAAUGCUAUUGCAGAAAGAGAAGGAGUAUCGAGAUACUCUUGUCAAUGUGGGUAUAAAUAUUUAAUUGGGGAAUGUGGUGGAGCAAUGGAAGAAAGUAGAUGUCCUGAAUGUAAAAAAACAAUUGGAGGGUUAAGUCAUGUUACAGCUGAAGGUAAUAUAAGGUUAGAUGUUGAAAAUAAAUAUUCAUUUGAAUCAAAUGAUCAAAAAGGCUAUAUUUCCGAAAAAAUCAACGAUGAUAUUAAUUAUACUAUGAGGUACCUGACUCCUGUUGCUUACAGGAUACUUCAUUUAAUUGUUCACGCUAUUAUUGGAUCUCAAGCUGCUUCACCAGAUUCCAUCGCUUUAAUCCAACAACAUAGUAAGGAUUACACCAACGUUGAAGAUUACUGUAUGGAACAUAUUAAAAAUGAUUGGAAUGCUUUAAAACAAAUUCUUAAUUGUUCUGAUGAGAAUUUAGCUUUAACAUUUCACUCAUUGAUAUUAACUCUUGAUAAAAAUUUACCGUCUUGUAAUUCAACGCUUUAUUCUUCUUACUCUAGAAAUCAAUGGGAAACAGCCUUCUCGCAAACAACAGUACUAGAACUUACUCGUAAUGUAAAUGAAUCUGCUGCUAAAUUCCGUGCUCAAAUAGAACAAAAUAUGAAAAAAGUUGAUGUUAAAAAUUCUUUAUUAGAAGAAUUAAUUAAUCAAACUAAUCUAAUGGAUGAGAGAUAUACUCGUGAAAAUUUACCUUCAUUAUGGAGAGUAAUUGGUAAAAUUGACUACAACAGUUUCAGGGCUUAUUAUUUUUCCGAUCCAAAACACACCGAGAAUCAUCCUUUCCUUAACGUCUUCUUUAAACAUUCAAAAAAUUUACAUUUAAUUAAAUAUCUUUAUCCAAUGGUUAAAUUCAUUCAAAUACUGAGUACUAAAUUAGGUUAUAAAAUAUCAAGAGAUGAUGCUAAAAAAUUAACUUUUAGAAAAUUUAUCGAGAACGAAUCAAACGAUGGCAAAGAUAAAGAUACUUAUGACACGCUCGAUAAAUAUUUUAAUGAAUUUCAAACAUCUUAUAAUACUAUAAUCAAUAUGGUUGAAAGAUACCAAUGUCAUACUUUUAAAAUUAAACCACAUAUUACAGAUAAUGAAAGCAUUGUAUAUGGAUUUAUGGAAGGAAAAGACGAAGGAAUUUAUUUAUGUGCAAUAAUAGAAUAUUUAAUUAAUAUUCAAAAUAAUUUCUUAAGAGAAAUAAUGUUAAUUAAACCUGGAUCGUGCAAUUCUCUUAGAUUCCUACAAUCUCCAUCUUGGGAUGUUAUUACUUCUUCAGCUGAUAAUUCUCCUUAUAUUAUUAAAUCCAUGAGAGUUGAUCGUGCAAUUGAAAGUAAUUUUAUUGUUUAUGAAUGGGACGAUGAAAUUCUUAAAUAUUCCCAAAGAAAUUUGGAAGUAGGAAAAGGACAAUAUAUUAUUUAUGAUUUGCAUCGUAUUGAAAGUAAAUUGGCUAAUACUUUAGUAUAUAGUAAAGUUCAUUUUGAAGGUGGUAAUGAACAAUUAGUAUUAGAUCCUUUCCCUUAUCAUUUAGAAUUAUUUUCUUCUUCCAUACGUAUACUUGGUGAAAUUAAAUCAUUAAUUCCUCAAGAAGAAAUUCCUUCUGAAAAAUUAUCUCUUAUAAUUGGUCAACAAUCUGUCCCCUCUUAUUUAACACUUUCAGCUUCCUUGUCAACUUUAACUUCAAAAGAUAAUUCUUCUGAAUUACUUUCUUUAUUAGAAAUUUUACUUUGUUUCAUAAAGAGAACAUCAAUUGGGGAUGGUAAUUUACUUUUGAAUGAAUUUAUAAAUCAAUGGGUUCAAUUAUCUUCAUUAACGGAAAAUUCAAGAUUCAAAACGAUCCUAUCUUAUGAACUUCAAUUAAAACACGUUGUAUCUCUUUAUGAAGUUAUUGAAGAACAAGUAGCUAAUAUUAUGAUUCAAUUCAUCGAUAAGAAAUUCAAAGAACCUUUAACGGAUGAUAUGAAAAAGGAUCUCGAUGAUGCUAUUGAUUUUGAAGGAGGAAACAAAGGAAAAAUUCCUGCUGAUUCAUUUAUUAUAGCUAUGAAAAGAUUUAUUCAAAGAGUAUUACAAGCCGAAAGUGAUAAAGAAACUCAUCCACUAAAUACUUAUGUGACAGAUAUGUCUCUUAGUCUUUGGCCUAGUAAUAAUGUAAUAGAAGAAGUUUUGGAUGAUAAAUUCCCCGAUACUCUUUUUGUAGCCAAUUCUUUUGCUGCUUAUGAAUAUGUUUUACAGAAAAAAGAGACAUCCAAACCUAAACAAUCAUACUCAGGAGGAAUGAGUAAUAAACCACCUAGUUUUAAUACAUCAUCUAUUUCAGAAACUACUGCCUCAAGUCCAUCACAAUCUACUCAGCCUUCUGCUUUUACCUUAAAAAAUAAAGGAAAGAAAGUUAUUAGAGAUGAAUGAGUUCUUUUUGUUUAUAUUGUAGCUUUAUUUUUAUCUAUUUUCAAUUUUAUAUGUAGUUAAAUCUGUUUAUUAUAUUGUGUUUCUGUAAUUUCAGUUAUAAGAAAUAAAGUAAAUUCAAAAUUUAAAAUUCAAAAUCAGACAGGUUUAAUAAUUUAUCGCAAAAAUAUGAUUAUUAUUAAAGUCAAGUAGCGAAUUUUAUUCUAAAGUGUGCAGCUACGGAAAUUUGGUGUACUUUUUGUCAAUU